UUGCAAAAACCGAAAAAAAAAAUGAAAAAAAAGGCAAAAAAGUAAAUGAAAGCUGCCAAUUUCAAUAAUUUUUUUUUAUAACCGUAAUAUGUGAAUUUUGCUUUGAUCCUUCAGAAAUUUACCAAUUUUGCAUUUUCUUUUCUCUCUAUCUAUCAAUCUCGACUUCGAUCCGUAACUAUUAUCUAUCGAUCUCAGCCAAAAACUGUAUGCAAUUUUACGCGCAACAUUAAGUAAGAUCGGAAUCUGGUCGGAAAGCGGUCGGUUCCUCCUGUAACGGACCGGAAUUUCGGCCUCCACCGUUUGAAUUGGAUUGGAUUGGGGAGAGAUUUUUGAAGUUUCACUGUGCUGAGGAUCUGCGGAUAUUUAUAUCUUUUAUCUUUUUGUUACUAGAGAUUUCUGAUUAGUUGAAGUGAUGGCAGCUCCUGGGGGACCUAGGCCAGGGAAUUUCCCCCCGAAUUAUAACCCGAAUUCCAUUGCUAAUAAUAUGCAAAACCUACAAAUUAAUCAGCCUAAUCAGCAGCAACCGAACAAUGUUGGUGGUAGUGCCCCUAGACCUCCUCCGAAUACAACUCCAUUCGGUCAACAGGCUCCGGCUUUUGCUGGUAGCAGACCAGGCCCGCCUCCCCCUGGUGUAUUUCCAAGGGCUCCGGUACCACCCAAUGCUCCUGCUCAAACUACAUUGCCUCCAAAUAUGGGUUCUACUAGACCCACUGGUCCACCACCUGGAUCUCAGCCUCCUCCCUUUGCAUCAAGACCACCACCACCUGGGGCGAUGCCAUCAUCUGUUGGUGGGCCUGUUGCUCCCUCGCCUCCUGCAUUGGGGCCUCGUCCCGGAUCAUACCCGUCUUCCCCUCUGACAUCAGCUCCCUCCACUCCUUCCCAUGCAAGUGCUUCUGGUUCAAUUAGUAAUGGACCGCCUACAUUUGCACCAGGGAUGACACAAGGUGGGUCACCGUUCCCUCCUGCUAUGGGUAGUAUGCCGAGGCCGUUAGGUGGACCUCCACAACCACCAGCUAUGUUAUCAUCUAGGCCUUCUUCUCAGCCGCUGCAAAUGCGCCCUACUUUUGGUGGUCCACCUACUGCUGUAUCAUCUGCCUCUGGGCAACCUGCGCCGCCAUUUUCAGGCCCACCACAUAAUAUGAUGCCUCCUCUGGGUUCAUCGCCAUUUUCAGCACCAAAUACAGGCAUGCAUCAGUCUAUGAGUUCUCCUUAUGGGAUGCAGACAUGGCCAGCACAGCCACAGCAGGUGGCUCCACCUCCUCCUAUUCCUGGGCCUAUGCAGCAGCCUCCACGGAUGUUUGGAAUGCCACCCGGCGGACAAUCACUUCCAAAUCAAUCUAUGGCUCUGAACCAAGCAGGGCAAUCUAAAAUUGAUCCCAACCAGAUUCCCCGCCUUUCUCCUAGUGCUUCUGUAAUUGUUCAUGAGACCCGUCAGGGCAAUCAGGCAAACCCUCCUCCGCCUGCAACAAGUGACUAUAUAGUUAAAGACACUGGAAAUUGCAGUCCACGCUACAUGAGGUGUACUAUCAAUCAGGUUCCGUUGACUGUAGACCUUCUAUCUACAUCUGGAAUGCAGCUAUCUUUAUUGGUCCAGCCUUUAGCUCUCGCACAUCCAUCUGAGGAGCCUAUCCAUGUCGUAGAUUUUGGGGAAAGUGGUCCUGUUCGGUGUUCUCGUUGCAAAGGUUACAUUAAUCCUUUCGUGAAGUUUAUUGACCAAGGAAGACGUUUCAUUUGUAACCUGUGUGGAUUUACGGAUGAAACUCCACGUGACUAUCACUGCAACUUAGGUCCAGAUGGCCGGCGUAGAGAUGCUGACGAAAGGCCUGAGCUAUGCCGAGGAACAGUUGAAUUUGUUGCUUCUAAGGAGUACAUGGUGCGUGAUCCAAUGCCUGCUGUAUUUUUCUUCCUAAUUGAUGUAUCCAUGAAUGCUACACAAACUGGUGCAACUGCAGCGGCGUGCAGUGCCAUCAGACAAGUGAUAGCUGAUCUUCCAAAGGGUCCUCGAACAAUGGUGGGUAUUGCUACGUUUGAUUCCACCAUCCACUUUUACAACCUAAAACGAGCUUCACAGCAGCCAUUGAUGCUCAUUGUUCCUGAUGUUCAAGAUGUCUAUACUCCUCUGGAAAGUGAUGUUAUUGUUCAAUUUUCUGAGUGCCGUGAGCAUUUAGAAAUGUUACUUGACAACAUUCCUUCAAUGUUUGAGAGUAAUAGAAUUGCUGAUUCAGCUCUUGGUGCUGCUGUGAAGGCUGCUUUCCUGGCAAUGAAAAGCACUGGUGGCAAACUUUUAGUUUUCCAGUCAGUUUUGCCGUCAACUGGCCUUGGAUCCCUUUCUGCUCGAGAAGCAGAAGGCAGAAGCAACAUGUCGGCAGGAGAAAAGGAGGCUCACAAAUUGCUUCAGCCUGCUGACAAGACUCUAAAAACUAUGGCAAUAGAACUUGCAGAGUACCAGGUCUGUGUUGACUUGUUCAUUACAUCGCAAAUGUAUGUGGAUAUUGCUUCUCUCUCCGUUAUUCCAAGGACAACUGGAGGCCAGGUAUACUACUAUUAUCCUUUCUCUGCCCGUUCUGAUCCUGCUAAGCUUUACAAUGAUCUUCGGUGGAACGUCACAAGGCCCCAAGGGUUCGAGGCAGUGAUGCGUGUUAGAUGUAGCCAGGGUAUUCAAGUUCAAGAAUAUUCUGGUAACUUCUGUAAGCGCAUACCGACUGAUGUUGAUCUACCUGCGAUUGAUUGUGACAAAACAAUAAUGGUCUCCCUGAAGCAUGAUGAUAAACUACAGGAAGGCUCUGAGUGUGCUUUUCAGUGUGCCCUUCUUUACACUACUGUAUAUGGACAAAGAAGAAUCAGGGUUUCAACAUUGUCCCUGCCUUGCACCAACAUGCUCAGUAACCUAUUCCGCUCUGCUGAUCUAGACACCCAAUUUGCAUGUAUCACAAAACAAGCUGCUAUUGAGAUUCCUUCAGCCCCUCUUGCACAAGUCAGGGAUCAAGCUACUAAUGUUUGCAUCAACAUUUUAUACUCGUACCGGAAGUUCUGUGCUACGGUGUCAUCGGCCGGACAACUUAUUCUGCCUGAGGCGCUUAAAAUGUUGCCUCUCUAUACGCUUGCUCUACUCAAAUGCACUGGAUUACGGCCUGAUGGAAGAAUUGAUGAUAGGUCUGUUUGGAUUAAUUAUGUCUCACCAUUACCUACUCCUUUGGUGAUCCCAUUGGUGUACCCUAGAAUGAUAGCACUUCAUGACCUUAAUGAGAAGGUAUGGAGAUUUAGAGACAUACAUAUCUUUAUUGGUUUUAUGUAUUUCCUCGUCUCAUUUUUCAUGCUGAUUUCUCAGGAGUUAGAUGAUUCCAUUAUCCCCGCUCCGAUUCCACUCUCCAGCGAGCACAUUUCUAUUGAUGGAAUAUAUCUUCUUGAGAAUGGAGUUGAUUGUUUGAUUUAUGUUGGUGAAAAUGUUCAGCCAAAUAUUUUGCAACAGAUGUUUGGCAUUUCAUCAGUUGAAGAGAUUCCUAAUCAGUUCGUUUUGCAGCAAUAUGAGAAUCCCUUGUCAAAGAAGCUGAAUGACAUUGUAAAUGAGAUAAGGCGCCAACGUUGUUCUUACCUACGCUUGCGACUCUGCAAAAAGGGGGAUCCAUCAGGGAUGACGUUCUUCUCGUACCUGGUUGAAGACAAGAUGGCUAAUGGGUUCUCAUACGUCGAAUAUCUGAUACACAUUCACCGGCAGAUUCAAAGUAAAAUGGCUUAAUUAGCUACGGGCAAAAGUUUUUGACACCUCGGAGAAGAACACAUGAGCUGAAGUUGGUGGAAUCUUGAUGUUUGCUGCGCCGCUUCUUGGAGAUCUCGACGAAUACAUCUUUCCUUUUUCAGUGAGGUUUGGAGGUUAUAAUUUUGUUUAGACGAUCAUUACUUUUGAUGGGUUUCUUGAUAAAGGUAAAAGAAAUAGAAAUAAAACUCAAAGGAGUUGGUUUCAGGUUUUGGAUAUAUUCCUAUCUAUAAGCUUUUGCUGCAUUUUUUUUUUGAGAUGUAGAACACGUAAUGUUGUAUAAUUAUUUAGAUUUAGUGAUCGUUGUUGAUCCAACUUGUUGUAAGGCACACCACACCAUUGAUGAAAGUAGGACUUCCAAUUUAUCAAAA